GAAAAUAUGAAACAGUUAAUAAUCCAGAAUUGGGUCGGUAUAGCUGUGGUGCACCAACGUGUACAGUUGAUUCAAGUAAAUGUCCACCUGAAUUGAAAAUGGACGAUGGAAAUAGUGGUCAAGUAUGUCUUUCAAUCUGUGGAGCAAUUCACAAUAAUCAACUGCGUAAAAAACAUGAUAUUUUAAAAAAGAUUUUUGAAAAUGAAGAUCAAAAAUCGCAACAAGACUAUAAUCAUUCUCCAUACAAUAAUGAUGACGUUCAAAGUGGUAAGAAACUUUGCAAAGUUGAAGAAUGGCCACGUGCAAGUGAUGGACAACGUUAUGAUGAAGUAUUCAAAAAUCAGUGUCAAGAUGCUUACAGUUGGCAAUUUAAUGAUGGCUCAAGCACCUAUCAAUGCAAAAAUGCUCAUUAUGAAAUCACAAUGUGUCCGGAUGUUGCUAGUGAUGUUGGUGCUGCGGUAGCCAAAUC